CGUUGAAGAUCGAAGACUGGAUGCCCAGGGCGUGGAGAUCGUGGAGUCCGCCUCUUGAACGUUGUAUAAAGCCGGGCUUUCAGUCCUCCUCCCACUAGUCGUCUGCAAACAGUCCUGACGAACCAACUACCUACCUCUACGGCCAGCACAUCCACGCGUCACGACGCUCCCAGAGACAAACCGACUACUUCAACGCAACAAACAGAGCCAACCUAUCGACAUGACCUUCCUCGCGCGCUACAUAAUCUCCACAUCUCCCUACAUCAACAAAGGCCGCAAGACCAGCAACGAAACCAUGAACUCACACAUCGACCUCCACGCCACAACCCAAGACAUCAAAACCCCGCCUGGCUCCGAGGUUGGCAGGGGCACAAAAGACAGCGCCAACGAGAAGCCACAGCAGCAUGAAUCUACCAAGGACGGCGGUGACAAGCCAAAAGAAGAAACCUUGAAGAAGGAACAUCAAAGCAAGGAUGAGGAUGCGGACCACGGAAAGAAGACGGGAAGCCGAGAGGGAAAAGCUUGAGGAACGGGGGGCGAUAACGAAUAAGCGCUGGACUGCAUCUCCAUUCGGUAGAGUUUCUGUAUCAUAGCGCGGACUAGCCUUGAAAUUUCAUACGGGCACCGGAGCCUCCUCCGAUAUCCCGCAAUGUCCGUCCUCCCUGUCUAUGCACCAUAACGCCUUGCUUGCUACUUUCUUACACAAGUAUACAUAUAAAUGUUGAAGCGGCGUCUGGG